AUGGUGCAAUCUAACCAUAGUAUCUUACCUAUUAUUUCUGCUUGUGAUGAGUCUUCUACAGAGCAAAAAGCGAAAAAAGAUCAUUUCCUUUCAUUACGUAAUAUCUCUCACAUUUGUUUCAUAUCAGUGAUUGUUCUGAAGUUAUAUGGAGAGUAUUUCACUAAUAUUGUUCUGGCGUCAUGGGGAUACAUUACGGUCCUCUUCAUGAAUUCAGAGAUACAGACAAGUUUUUUCGAUCUCUCAUACCGGAAGAUUUGCAUUCCCUUAUCCGUCGUUUCACUCUCACAUCUAUGUUUAGUUCAAUACUCUUUAUGGAACCAGGGUUUUUAUAAUGUUUUCCUAUUGCAGCCUUCUAGCUCUGUAUCAAGUCUACCACUGAAUUUGUGGUAUAUUUUCAUCUCCGAUUGCUCUUUAAAACUGUUAUCGAUAUUUAUUAAAAGCGUAUCUUUGUUGUGCCUGUCUAAAACACUUGAUUGCUACUCUAUGGGUUCAUUACUCUGUUUUUUGGAAUAUAUAUUUUUAUUCCUAAGACACAUACCACCUGGGAUUCUGUGGAUAUAUUUCCUGGUAGAAUUAAAUUGGAAACUACAGGGCAUCUUAGCUGGGAGAAUAUUUGUAUGCUUAUUAUACUGUAUUUUAAAAGUUUGUAUUAUACUUUCAUUAUGUAAAGAGUUUAUGAAAUUUUCACGUUCGAUUAUAUGUACAAAACCAUAUACAGUUGAAAUGCAGGCGCCAUCGAAUGAAGUUUGUAAUAUGUGCCUUGAAUCUUAUACUCAUGUUGGCAUUUUGUCUUGUAAUCAUAAAUUUUGUGCUAAGUGCACAACACGUUGGUUUAAUACAUUUACUAAUUGCCCGUCAUGUAAUCCAGAAUGUGGUGAAAAUUCAAGAUGGCGGAGUGGAUCGAUAGAUUUAUUUAUUCAAUUUUAUUAA